AUGGUAACAGGGUGGAGAAAGACGUUUUGCACAUCCAUGCCCAAAGCCAAUGCAUUAACCCACAAGCACGAUCCCAACCUCACUUUUUAUUCCAACCCAUCAACUCCAAACUCAGAUUCUUACAGCCCCAAACUUGAAUGCCGAACCACUUGCUCCCUUCCCAACAGCCCCAGUCAACUCCAAUUGACCAACAACACCACUCUUACACUUACUCCCUCAACUUUCUCAUACCUUCUCAAAUCCACCUUACGCCUUUCCAAGAACCGAUGUGGAAUAUGUACGCAGGGGGUCAAAGCUGGACAAGGAACCGCAAUUUUCACAGCGGAAUGCUCUCACACCUUUCACUUCCCAUGCAUCGCUGCUCACGUGAGGAUGCGCCAGCUCCUCACGUGCCCCGUAUGCAGUGCCACCUGGAAGCAGCUUACCCUCUACAACGACGACGAGCCACUUGCCUCUCCAACCUCUGUUUCGGCCUUCGUCCCCAUACCUGAAUCCGGAGAAGAAAACGAAGACGAAGAAAAUCAAGUAUCAACGCAUUUCCCAGGCUUCCACGUGUCCCCAUCUUCGCCGUUGAAAACCAGAAGAACGGUUGAAGUGUGCUUCUCACCGGAAGCUGCUAUUGUUGCUUCUAACAGAAGCUAUGAUACCUACGUCGCUGUUCUCAAGGUGAAGGCUCCGGCGUGUGAUUCGGCGGCACCUCGUCAGCCGAUUGAUCUGGUAGCGGUGAUCGACGUCGGCGGGGUCUCGUCCGCCGAGGACCUUCGAGCGCUCAAGCGUGCGAUGCGAGUCCGGCUGUUUCCAUUGCGGAGGAUGGCCGGAAAGGGCCAGAGGGCCGCGCGCCGAGUCGUGGACGCUCUUGCUGCAGUAGAGCGGAGCCGCGGCCGAGCUCCGGCGAGGAACGACGCCCUGAAGAAGGCCGCAAAGGUUCUGGAAGACCGGAGGGAGAAGAAUCCCGUUGGAAAGAUCGUGCUCAUCUCGAACGAUAGUGAGGACCGCCUGUUAUCUGUCACGAGUUUCUCUCAUCUUGAAAUAGCAGAUCGCAACUGCGCGUGUUGGCAGGAUAGCGCGCUGGCUCAGCGAGUAGGGAAUGUGUUGAAUUUGGCAGCUCAGGACCUUAAACUCGAAUUGAGAGUGUCGUCGCGUUCAUCGCCAACGGAGAUUGCUGCCGUGUAUUCUGUUUCUGCGGGUGUUCUCGUUCUCUCACCGGAUUCCGUCGUCAUUGGAGAUCUCCACGCCGAAGAGGAGAGGGAGUUAGUGGUGGAGUUUAGAGUCCCAGCCGGAACCAUCGCCCGUGGGACCUACCACCACAUCAUUUCCGUACGUUGCUCACACCGCGACCCCUUCACCCAAGAGCUUGUUCAUUCAGAGGAGCGUGCCGUCAGUGUUCCGCGUCCCCAUGCCGUUGGAUCUUCGGAUACAACAAUAGAACGGCUGAGAAGCCUCCACAUCAGCAGUCGAGCUGUAGCCGAGUCGAGACAAUUGUCGGCUAAAAAUGACUUGGCUGGAGCCGUUCGCUUGCUCUCAUCAGCUCGAGCCCUGCUGAUUCAGCCAAGCCGUGAAUCAAAUUGCCCCAAAGACAAUGAGUUCCUGCAAUGGCUUGAAGCUGAACAAGGCCAGCUGAAGCGCCAAAUUCAGAGUCAAAAGUCGUGUGCAAACAAUUGCUUGGAAGAGAAGCUGGAGCCGUUUACGCCAAUGUCAGCUUGGCGAGCCGCAGAGCGACUUGCAAAAUUGGCUAAGAUGAGAAAGUCCAUGAAUAGAGUCAGUGACCUGCACGGAUUUGAGAAUGCCAGAUUUUAA